UGAAACUGAAAAAGUUACUUUAUACAAAAAGUACCUUGAGUUUGAAUGUCCUGCAACCUCCUGUAGAAUUAAGCUGCUCUCCAUUGGCUCAAGCAUAGAUCUAGACAGAGUGCAAACUAUAAUGGAGUCUAUGGGAUCUAAGCUGUCUCCAGGUGCUCAGCAACUCAUGGACAUGGUCCGAUGUCAGCAGAAAAACAGUUUACCUCUUGGAGACAGCCUGAAUUGGAUCUUUGGGAAAAACUCAGACUUUGGAGGUGACCGUGCAGUAGAUGGAUUGCAAAGUGCAGCUGUUCAGACACCGUUAGAUCAAUCAACCAGUGAACCUGUGCCUGUUAAAAACCAUUUAACGAGUGGAACAGUGUAUGAGGACUUAUGUCGUGAUUCGAAUGCACAAGUACCUGAAAGAAGACUGACUUCUGAUUCUCAAAGACUUACUACCCAGCAAAAUACAGUUGACCUCAGAAAUAAUUUUAAAGUUAUGGCAUCUCUGCAUAUGCAGGAACAAGCAAGCAAAACCUCAAACGUGGCUAAUCCACAGGUGCUUCUUCCUUUUCUUCAGAACUUGUGCAGUCAAGUAAAUCAUCUGCGGCUAAAAGACGGCGAUAGACGGUUUGGUAAAAAUGCAGUGACCGUAGAGGAAGGCAUUCAGUGUGAUGGAGUAGAACAACAGCCUAUUUGCUCCUAUUUGGGAAAGAUCAUCUCAAAAAAUAUGGAUCUGAUGGAGAAAAAACUAAUGGACUAUAUUGAUCACCAAAUCCAGGCUCUUCAGAUGCAUAUAGAUAACAGAAUGGUUCUCUUAAUGGACUUGGUGCAGAACUCAAAGCCAAACAAAAUUCCACAGGAGCACUAUGAUUCCAACGAGGGGCUCUCCAAUGGGGAGAGAUAG